CAAAGAUAAAAAUAUGGCGGGAACACUGGCACUGAUAGCGAGUGAGCGAACAGAGAAACCAAUUUCCGUCAUUAAAGACCAGUGGCAGGUCUCUUUCUCCCGCUUUAUCAUCUACCCCUCCGUUCCUUCCACGUGUCCCUUUCUCGUUCAUCGCCUCAACAAACGGCGAUGUUGCGCGUCACGGGGUACCUGGAUCUCCUCUCGCUCUCCAACCGCGUCUCUGCAACUCCUCAACUAUCACGCCCUCUCCGAUGCGAUCCUCUCUGUCUGUUUCUCUGACAAGAUGCUUGAAGAGCACUAUGUUUCCAAGCUCCAUUUCACAUGGCCUCAUGUGUCAUGCGUCUCUGGAUAUCCUCCUAGGGGUAGCAGAGCGGUAUUUGUGAGUUAUAAAGACUCUGCUGGCGAGAUCCAGAAGUUUGCUUUGCGAUUUUCAGUGAUUUCUGAGGCGGAGAGAUUCAUAAAUGCUUUGAAGGAUAUCUUGAAGGAAAUCUCUGAAACCGAACUCCUGAAUAGUGGCUCUCCAACAGAAAUUUCAUCGCCAUCUGUUUUCUUGUCUACAAAUGAAACCCCAUCUAGAGCUUGUGAAGAGCAAUCAAGUGUUAUGACCACAGGUCAAGCUUACUCUCCUCAAUUGAGCUUCGACUAUGAAGUUGAGAAGGAGUCGUACAUUGAGAAAACACAACUGAACCACAUAUCUGAAGGCAUUUCAUGUGCCUUGCCUCCCAGCUUUGCUUCAUUUCUGACCAACUGCUGCUCUGAGGUCAAACAAGACGCACGCCGGCCAAGUUCAUCCGAGAACAUCGAUCUCAAAUCUCAAAUCGCGAGAUACAUGGAAGAUUCCUCCUUCCAAGAAAUGUUGAUUAAAGUGGACAAAAUUAUUAGUGAAAUUGGAGAUGAUUUGAUGCUGUAACUGUGUCACGUAAAGAGUUCAAAAAUUUCUCCUGUUCCCCAGUGAGACCUGGUCUUUACUGCAUCCAACAAGCUGUGAAGAAUAUCCAAUACAUGUUCUCUUUUUGAGAACUUUAUAAUUAAUAGCCAAACUGCAUUUUAUAGAUAAUUGCUUAGCCACACAAGAGAUGAAGGACAUUUACCCAAUGGUAUCUUUGUUUGAAGACCUUUUUAUGUAAAAGCUUAGUUUUUAUCGUAAUGACUGCUCUUCUUUGGUUUAUCUGAUUUUGUAUCAUGUGAGUAAAGAUCCAAUAAUCUGCAUGAAUUUUCAGCCAUCAAAUCAUAUGGAGUAAUUUCUGAAUUCGGAUCAUAAAGGAAAAUUUAUUUGUUGCGAAUCUUUUUAUCCUCGCAUAGACACUCUCAUUAGUUUGCAUUUGACCAAGCGUGUAGAUGCUUGCUCAAUGCUGAGGAUAUCAUCUUAGAAAUAAUAAUAUAAAAAAGCAUGAUACGAAAGCUUAUAUAUGGUUUGGUUUCUUUCAUUAGAGAGAGCAUAGGCCACAUAGUAAGACACCGUUAACAAGAGCCCCAGAUAGCACAUUCGUCCAUCUAUAAUGGGAAAUUUUUUUGGAAAAUUAUUGUUAAAAGUUAGGAUUUGGAAAAUGUUGAUCCCUCUUGCUUAUAACUUAAUGAUUUUCGCCCUGAGCCAUGAGGAGACAACUCAGGCACCGAAUUAUUAAUUUAAUAGUGUGAAAAGAAAACUAAUUCUUAAUUGUCGGAUUGAGUUAUUACUGAAAUGGAUAAGGAGUGAAAAACUGCUGACUAUCUCAAUUAGUUUCGCGUAAGUGUAGGUGAUAAUUGUAAAUAGUUU